AUGCAGGUCUCAUUUGCUUGUACGGAGCACAAUCUCAAGAGCCGCAGCGAGGACCGCCUGUGUGGCCUGCGAACUGCACCUCCACCAGGGGGCAGCAGCGGGGGAGGUGGAGGAGGAGAAAGAGGGAGCGGACAGGGAGGAAAUGUCAAUUAUGCAACUCAGAGCGCUGUCAUAUCACGGGACGCGAUGGGGUCCCGCCCCCUGCCUCACGGCCACGCCCACAUGAAGGAGGCUAUUGGACGGCACAGUAGCAUGAAAUACAGAAACCUUGGGAAGUCGGGUCUACGCGUUUCUUGCUUGGGUCUUGGCACCUGGGUGACAUUUGGCUCUCAGAUAUCUGAUGAGAUGGCAGAGAGCUUGAUGACGAUAGCUUAUGAGAAUGGAGUGAAUCUGUUUGACACAGCAGAAGUAUAUGCUUCAGGCAGGGCUGAAAUCACUCUAGGGAACAUCAUUAAGAAGAAAGGCUGGAGACGGUCCAGUUAUGUAGUAACAACUAAGAUCUACUGGGGAGGACAAGCAGAGACGGAGAGAGGUCUGUCCAGAAAACACAUUAUAGAAGGUCUCAGAGGUUCGCUGUCUAGACUACAGCUAGAUUAUGUGGAUAUCGUCUUUGCCAAUCGAAGUGAUGUAAACAGCCCUAUGGAAGAGGUAGUACGUGCGAUGACAUUCGUUAUAAACCAGGGAAUGGCCAUGUACUGGGGCACAUCCCGAUGGAGUGCCAUGGAGAUCAUGGAGGCAUACUCUGUAGCAAGGCAGUUUAACUUGAUCCCACCAGUGUGUGAGCAAGCCGAGUAUCACUAUUUCCAGAGGGAUAAAGUAGAGGUGCAGCUGCCCGAGCUCUACCACAAGAUUGGUGUUGGAGCAUUGACGUGGUCUCCUCUUGCAUGUGGACUGAUCACAGGCAAAUACAGUGAUGGGGUUCCAGACUGUUCACGAGCCGCUAUGAAAGGUUAUCAGUGGCUGAAGGAGCGAGUGUACAGUGAAGAGGGCCGCAGACAGCUCGCUAAAAUCAAAGAGCUCCACCUGGUGGCAAACAGGCUGGGCUGCACCGCUUCUCAACUUGCCAUUGCAUGGUGCUUACGUAGUGAAGGAGUAAGUUCUGUACUUCUUGGUGUCUCCAAUACAGACCAGCUUCUAGAGAACCUUGGAGCCCUUCGGAUUCUCUCUCAAAUGACACCUCAGACUGUAAGUGAGAUAGAUGCUCUGCUGGGAAACAAGCCUCAAUCCAAGAAAGAGUCACGUGCGUGAGAGGUGACCAGAACAUGUGCAGAUGGUAAAGACAAAGAAAGCAAGGGGGAAAAGACAGAACAUUGACGGUGUGCCAUCGCUUCUCUGCACUCCAGUAUAUUACAACACCUGCAUGCCUUCUGCAACAUGCUUCCAUACUGCACUGCUCUCUGUAUAUCUUGACAUAUCUACAAAGAAAACUCCCAAACCGCUGUCAGCAAUAUCGGAGAAAUGCGGCAAACAAUAACUAAGAACAUGCUGUCUUUACAUUUCCUCAUUCAGAGAGACUGAAGCUUUUGUCUUCCAUGAGGAAGUCUUGCAGAAGUGGAACUUUAGAAGGAAGUGAAUGAAACUGGCUAUUUUCGGAGUGGAAUACUAGUUUACUACUUAAAAACUGCACAGUAUACACUGUAUACUGUCUACUAUUUAAAAAAAAUUGUAUGCUACAUUGUUUUCAUAUGACCUUGUGACGUUGCAUCUCAGUGGCAUCGAGUUAACAUAUCUGAAAUAAAAACAAUUAUUUCACAUUUUUAAUUCAAUUUUGUGUUAAAAAAUAUCUUAACAUUUGGCAGU